CAUACACCUUAACCACUAUUGGGUCAUGUCUGGUAUGUAUUUAGUGCCAGAACUCGGCUGAAACGCUGGUUGCCAUGCCAGCAGUCAGCCAGCAGUGCCAUGCUGAUGCCAGAUCUGGCCCAGACCAGUCAGCUAUGUGGGGUAUGAUUACUAAAGCUGCAGUUCAUCUUAUCCGCUAGGUGGCGACGAUUUAAAGUUUUGUGGUUUCCAUAGCAACGAACUUUAGCGCAGCUGGGGCUCUUUUUGCAUCGUUAAUGCUUUUAUUACGACUUUGCUCGUUUUUAAAUUCUUAAAACAAUAACGACACUUUUUUUUAAAUAUACCACAUACAAACCUUUUCCUCUAUUUUUAACGCUUACACUCUAGCAUUUUUCUAGCUUGUAUCCCUCCUCUAUUGAAGCUAAUCGAACUAGCAGCAGGGGCUAGCUAGCUAAAAGUAGCUAGCAGGUAGCGUACCAUGUCCUCGGCUGGCCGGACAGAGGAUGUCCUGCAGCAGGUCAACCAGUUCUGGUCCAUGCUGGAUGACUUGUCUCAGAAUGACCCAGCAGGAUACCACAAAUUCAUCGAGGAGCAAAUGAAGAAAGGAGCAGAAAUAUGUUCUCCACCUGAGCUCCACUCCUGCAUUAAAACUCCAAUCCUGGAACCAACACCAGGUUUGCUUUACAUUAAUAUAUGCAGCUGGAAAAGUGUACCUGCACCUCGGGAUGACAGCAGUUCUUUACCGGUGUGUACAGGAAAACUGGAAACAGGCACCACUGAAGCCCAAGGCUGGUUUGUCGUGUUGGAUGUGGCGUUAAAUCCGGCGGUGCUACAGAAGAAUAAAGAUAAAGACAUUAAUUAUGUCUAUAAGCUGGCCCUGAACUUUGCCCAGCAGCAUCAUGGGAUGCAGCUAUCUCAGGAGUUCAGUGUUGUCCGGUGUAGCCCAAAUGGCAGCCCGGAUCAAUUUAAGUGUCGACUUGGGUUUCAGAAGCAGCACUACACAUUCAAACCAACACAAACAGUGAGUCAGACUCCACAUUCCCUCCUGCAGCAACUCUCAUCCCAGCAGUCAGGGAAACAGGAAGAGAACCCUACAGCCCAAAUUAUCUGUAGACCUGCAGAGCGACCCAAAAAGAACUUGAUCCAAGUAAUCUCUGCCACUUCUGUGGAGCCUCAGAAGCCAGAGUACCAACUUGAGGUGAAGACCAACACAGAAGGAGUUCUUCGCAGCCUGGAGCUGACAGUGGAGCUGCCAAAGGUUCGCACCGUGUCGGAGUGCCAGCUGAGAGUGUCAAAGGAGGAUGUUCUUCUGGAGGUGGCGGACGUGUACCACCUGCUUCUGGAGCUGCCGGUAACUGUAAACGAAGACACCGCGUCUGCUGUCUUCAACAAGAAGAAACAAAGGCUUGUACUGACGGUGGAUGUUUUGUAAUCAGUCGCCAUUAUGGAGAAGCAAGAAAUAUAAUAAACACAGAGAUAACGGAGGA